UUACGACGGCAUCGCCGCACUUUCGCAUCUGUCAUGGCGGGAAUGUGGCGUUUUAAAGCAUGUUUUAAAGUGUAGUUUUGCUCAGCCUUUUCCGCUGCUGCAUUUCACCAAAAUGUGCUCGUUAUCGUCAUUUCCUCGACCGCCACCGAGAGGUCUCAUCACCCUCUUCGAGAAGGACGGCGACUUGCACGAAGGAAAUGAACGUGAAUGGAAAGAACUCGCGGAACGAUUUUCAGCAUAUCCACGUGUAUCCAUAGUCCGGGAGACCACAAGACACCCCGCUUUUGCAGAAAGUGCUGCUGGUGCUUUCCUUCAACAACCUGAAUCCAUUUGGAAACAAGCCUUUGUGUCAUGGCAAGAGAAAGGAUUCAUUGGCUUCUUGGAACAGUUAUCAACAUACAAUGAGUCAUCCAUUGUUUUAUCUUUAGCACGAUUUGCUGCAAAAAGUAUUCUGUUCGGCACAAGAUGGUUUUACAAGCAGGGACUGUUGUUCCCACAUCUGCUUCUGUCCAGUGAAGAUAUGUGCAAGGAGUUUUCAUUGACAUUGAACUGGAUGAGGGGCCACGUACGAGCUUUUGCCUGGCAUCCCCAGUGCCCCAAGUUUGCUGUGGCAUCACAUGGCGACAUGAUUCGUGUGUAUGCACCCAACAUGAGCAUUACACCCGUGCUGAAGCACAGGUCUCAGAGAAAUAUCACCGACAUGGCUUGGAAGCCUUACAGCUCUGCAGUUCUCGCUGUGGCUUGCCAGGAGGGAGUCCUUCUUUGGCAAGUGGAACCGACAUCUCUUAUUGCAAGACCAUCAUCAGCAUAUGCAUCACUCCUUUCUCGUGAGGGGCACAACCCAGUCAGCAGCAUUGCAUGGCAUCCUAAGGGAACACUCCUAGCAUCAGCUUCUGCAGCUGACUGCUCACUUCUUAUUUGGAAUGUUGCAAUGGAAGAGUGCGUUCCAUUGACACAUAUAUCUGGUGGAGGAGUCUCUCUUAUUCGAUGGUCGCCUGAUGGCUGUCGACUCCUUGCAGCGUCACCACAGAGUCUCUUCAGGGUAUGGCAUACAAACCAGUGGCAGUUUGACAAGUGGUCAACUCAGCAGGGCCGCUGCCGGGCGGCCUGCUGGAGCCCCGAUGGCCGCUGGCUGCUGUGCAGCUUUUCCGACAAGCCUCACCUGUACGCGCUGAGCUUCCCACCUCCAGUUGCAGCCUCUGUCGACGAGGGUGAAGGCAAGUCGUCCACUUGGUCCCCACACCCAGACGCUACCUUUGGGACAGGCUUACCCGUCGCUGACCUCACUGAGGUAGACUUACCACUGCACUCCGAUGCUGGCGAAGGAAUCAGGGUCGGAGGACUUGUGCAGAAUAUGGCCUGGGACAAGCAUGGAGAGCGCUUGGCCAUUUCUUUUAGAGAUCACAGCGAGUACGUUGCUCUGUUUAGGACCAAGACCUCCCCUGUCUUUCAAAUGUUCCCAUGCGGCUUUGUAUCUGGUCCCCCCGGUGAGUCGGCUCAGCUGAUAAGCUUCUACAAUGGCUUUGAAGGUGGCUCACUGCUUACUGUGUGCUGGAGCAAUGGACUGGUGAGUCACGUGCCACUCUGUUACUGCCCCAUCUCGCCUUGCGACUCAUCAGACACAGCAGCCAGCCUUCCCUUUACACCGCUCAGGCCACCGCAUUUGUACAGCACGUGAGCAGAGAGGAGCCAAACAAAGCCACUGUAUGCAUGCUGCCUUCUGAUGGUGCUGCCUGUGGCCUAAUGACAUAUACAGUAUGCCUUAUUCAUUCUGGGCUAAUUAUCUUUUGAAAAUUGUUUAGGUUUUGUAUAUUUUAAUCAAAUGAGUGAUUUUUGUAUAUUAAAUGCAUUGAUUUUACUCGUGUUAGCGUCAAUGACAGAACACACGUUUACAUAACUGAACAAAAAAAAAACAAUGAUGAAAGCAAUUUCCAAGCAAAAAAAUUUGUUAAAUAAGACAGAAAAUAAUGUGACAAAAGAAAAUGAUAACUAAUAAAACAGGCUUUUGGUGCAGGAAGAAUGGGUUGAAAUGUGCUAUGCGUCACAAGUGGUAGUCUGCCGUUGGUGCAAAUACUGACAAAGUAGUCUCAAAGGAGAGGUAAAGUGCCUAGAAAAACCGUUAUGAAGAAAGGCAAUGAAAGGAUUUCAUAAGAUGCAUUGCUGAAUAGCUUUCUGCAAAUCAUGGAAACUCUGGCAAAGAGCAGUGUUGUGAUCGUACACACAUGUAAUGUAUAGUAUUAAUUCAUGCUUUUCUUAGAGGUCCAGUCACAGUCAUAAAGGCAGCCAGUAGAACACCAAGCUUUAUAAGUUCACAGAGGAAGUGCAGGUGUGUGUCAAGGGUACAGGGUAGGCCCUUUACCACCUAUGUAUUUUAAGGCUUCUUUAAGGCUCAUUUUCUCAGAAACUACUGCAUGUAACGCAUUCAGGUUUGUUUCAUUUUAUUCGUUGGAGUUUCUUCUUGCAAUGGAGCUAGAAUUACAAUUGUAUUUCAAGUGUGGACAUUUUUGCAAUUUUUUUGACAAAGCAAUUCAUUUUUGUAACUUAAAUUAAAGAGACAUUAUAUCAUUAUUUUUUAAAUAAAACUGCCAAACAAUGAAAACUAUCCCGCA